UACAGUCCAGCCCCACCACAGCCCAGCUCCGCUACAGCCCAGCCUCGCUACAGCCCUGCCACAGCUUAGCCAGAGCCCCACCCCACCACAGCCCAGGCUUGCCAAAGCCCUGCCCACAGCCAAGCCCCGCCACCCUACAGCCCCGUCCCACCCUGCCACAGCCCCACCAUGUCAAAUACCACUUCCACUCAGAGAGAGAGAUGACAGGAAAAGCCUCACACAUGUUCAGGGAUAUGUUGCUUCCUUCUUUUGUCCUGUAGCAACAAAGUUGCAUUUCUCAGGUGAGUCGAAUAUGGAGGCAAAGUAGUGGUGAUAUUUAAAUUAUGAGGAAGACUGUUGUUUGUGACACUGCAUGAAUACGAGAAUAAUGUGUCUUCUGUGUGUGUGUGAAGACACAUUCAUGUAUGGUCUGUCUGUCCGUGUGUGUAUGCGUGUGGGAUGGGGAGGGGUGUUUUGUGUGUGUAUGUGAAUGUUCCUAGCACUCACCUGGAGAAAAGUCUGCAGAUGCUAAUGGACCGUGUAGACGACAUGUCCCAGGAAAUUGUCAAGUAUAACGACUACAGCCGCAGAUUGAGAAAGCAGCAGCAGAAGCACCAGUACAUCCAGAGGCGGCAGCAGGAGAAUGCACAGAGGCAGAGUCGCGGGGAGGCGCUGCUUCCUGAAGACCAUAACAAGCUGUUUAAGCCACCAGUGCCCCCGCUACACAUGGACACCCUGCUCAUAUCUGGGCAGAUCAACAUGUACUGCCAGACGUUGAAGGAGUUUACCUCUCAGAAUCUGGGCAAGAUCUUUAUGGCUGAGGCUCUCCAGAGUCAUGGCAGCUAGAGGAUAGGAGGCAGGCCUUUCCCACUCUGACGCCUCCUGGAGUAGGUGAAGAGUAAUUCACUCCCCCAGCCUGUUAAUGCCUCAGCAGAGGAGUUUUGUAGCUGCACUGAAUUUUUUAAAAAUUCCUUUAAUUACAUGUACAUAAUAUGAAAAUUAUAUGAGUAUUUGUACAUAUUCAUGUACAUAGAAGCAUAUUGUUAUAGGCUAAUAAAAAUGUUGAAAGGUAUACCUGUACACACACAAAAAAUGUAUUUAUACAUAGAAUAUGUGGCAGUAAAAAUUAUAUAGUUGGACCAAGAUCUGGUUAAAAUAUACUGGUAUAAAUCUCUCGAGGUUUUAUAAAAGAAAUGUUGGAAAUAUGAUAAUUAAAGGAAUCCUGC